AACGGAAUUGCACCUACAGUGGGUGGGUGCUAAGCAAGGGUUGUUUUCCAAGAGUUGAAAGAGGUUUUGGGGUCAGAGAGAGAGAGGACAACGGGGUUACUCUGAAUUGAAAUUUCUUUACUUUUUCUUUUUUUACUUUUUCUUUUUCAAUUUAAGAAGAAAAUAGUACAGUGGAGAUAUCAAACCGUUUCGUUUUUGGUUUUACUUCUCUCAUAGUAAAAAGAGAAUUUGUUGUGGGACGCAUUGCUUUAAUUAUGCUGCAGUGAAUUGAAGAGAGAGAGUGAGAGAACAGAGAGAGAGAGAGAGGGUCUUCCUUCACCUUUGAUGGCUAUUCAGGUGUUUUGUGGAUUGUGUCUGGCUACUGAUUGUGCUUCAUGAUUCUAUUAUUUGUCGUUUGAUUCUCCCUCAAACCCAUUUCUCCACAAUUCUUCUUUUACUUUGUUGGUUUUCUUCAUGUUGUGAGUGAGCUGCCUUGCAAAUUUUGGGAUCUGGGUUCUAGGGUUUGAGCUUUUGACUUUCUCUUUUCUUGGGUUUCUUUCCAUUGUUACCUGUCUCUCUCCUUUUCUGAGGAAUUGGAUAUUGAAAUCUAUUAUGGGUUCUCCACAAAAUAAAAGCUUUCUUUUGUCUUCGUUGGUUUUCGCGUGAAAUGGUGAGCUGAGUUGUUUGUUUUGAUUUUUCUCAAGCAAAAGUCUCAUCUUUCAUGAAUUGGGUUGUUGGGGUGGUGCGGUCUUUAAAGAUUCCGGGUUCCUUAUCUUGCUAGAUUUUGUUAGCGAAGGAUUUGAAGCUCAAUUUGCUAUGUAGGUUGAUGGGCUAAACUAAGCCCUCUCUUGUUUGUAUUGUUUGAACUUUCAAGUGUCUCAAAUAAUCCGAUAUUGGUUUGUGUGAGGAGAGGAGGAAGGAAUAAUGCAUCUCUCACUAUGGAAGCCCAUUUCUCACUGUGCUGCACUGAUCAUGGACAAGAAGAGCAGGAGGAAAGAUGAAUCCAAUGGUGACACAAGGAGAAAUCCAUCAAUGCUACGGAAGCUGCAAGAGAACAAGCUGAGGGAGGCUCUUGAAGAAGCUUCUGAAGAUGGGUCACUCCCCAAAUCUCAAGACAUGGACCCUGACUCUGCUGCCAACCAGGAUGAUGGCCUUGGAAGAUCCCGAUCGCUGGCCAGGCUGCACGCCCACCGCGAGUUUCUUCGCGCCACCGCCCUCGCUGCCGAGCGCAUCUUUGAGUCUGAGGAGGAAAUUCCCAGCCUUCAGGAAGCAUUUUCCAAGUUCCUCACUAUGUACCCCAAGUACCAGUCCUCGGAGAAGGUUGAUGAGUUGAGGUCUGAUGAAUACUCACAUUUGUCACCCAAGGUAUGCCUUGAUUACUGUGGUUUUGGACUCUUCUCUUUUGUUCAGACAAUUCAUUAUUGGGAGUCAUCCACGUUUAGCUUGUCUGAGAUAACUGCAAAUUUGAGUAACCAUGCACUUUAUGGUGGUGCUGAGAGAGGAACUGUUGAGCAUGAUAUAAAGACUAGAAUUAUGGACUAUUUGAAUAUCCCUGAGAAUGAAUAUGGCCUUGUUUUCACUGUUAGUAGAGGAUCGGCUUUUAAAUUGUUGGCUGAAUCAUACCCUUUCCAUACAAACAAAAAGUUGUUGACCAUGUUCGAUCAUGAGAGCCAGUCUGUUGCUUGGAUGGCUCAGAAAGCCAGGGAGAAAGGUGCUAAAGUGUACAGUGCGUGGUUUAAAUGGCCAACCCUCAAACUCUGUUCCACAGAUUUGAGAAAACAGAUUUCCAACAAGAAGAAGAGGAAGAAGGAUUCAGCUACUGGUCUUUUUGUGUUCCCUGUGCAGUCUAGGGUAACCGGGGCGAAGUAUUCUUACCAGUGGAUGGCAUUGGCCCAGCAGAACAACUGGCAUGUCUUACUGGAUGCUGGAUCAUUGGGCCCCAAGGACAUGGAUUCACUUGGCUUGUCCCUAUUUCGGCCAGAUUUUAUAAUUACGUCAUUUUACAGGGUUUUUGGAUAUGAUCCCACAGGUUUUGGUUGUCUUCUGAUCAAGAAAUCAGUUAUGCAAAGCCUUCAAAAUCAGUCUGGUUGUACUGGAUCUGGAAUGGUGAAGAUUACCCCUGAGUUUCCAAUGUAUUUGAGUGAUUCUGUUGAUGGUUUGGAUAAAUUGGUUGGGAUUGAAGAUGAUGAAAUCACUGGGAUGGGUGAUAAGGCUUCUGAAACUCGUCCAGGAACUCAGUUGCCUGCCUUUUCUGGUGCAUUCACAUCUGCACAGGUCAGAGAUGUGUUCGAGACUGAAAUGGAUCAAGACAGCUCUGAAAGAGAUGGAACUAGCACCAUAUUUGAGGAGACAGAGAGCAUAUCUGUGGGAGAGGUGAUAAAGAGUCCAGUCUUCAGUGAGGACGAGUCAUCAGACAAUUCAUUUUGGAUUGAUUUGGGUCAGAGUCCAGUGGGGUCUGACGGUGUAGGUCAACCAAAUAAACAUAAGAUAGCUUCUCCCCUACCACCUUUCUGGUUCAAUGUGAGGAAGAACCAGAAGCAACAUUCUCCAAAACCAACUUCCAAGAUGUACGGCAGCCCACUGUAUGAUGACAGAGAGGUAAACCUUGGUGCUCAAGAGGACCGCCGCGUGUUGUCAUUUGAUGCUGCUGUCCUGAUGUCACAGGAACUAGACCGAGUCAAAGAGGUACCUGAGGAAGAGCAUGUCCAGGAAGAGGAUCAUUAUUCAAGAAAUGGUAACGGGUCAGAUCAUAUGCAUGCCAAUGAGAUCAUGGAAGAACCUGGAACCAGUGCAGCAGUCAAUAAUGGGUCUUGGCUCAACAAUUCAACGUCUCUUGCUCGGCAACAAAGCUUGGAGAAUGGCUCUACCUCUGGAAUAUGUGCCGAUGUCAAAGAGAGUGCCAUAAGAAGGGAAACUGAAGGGGAAUUCAGGUUGUUGGGUAGGAGAGAGGGGAAUCGUUAUGGUGGUGGAAGGUUUUUUGGUUUGGAAGAGAAUGAAGCCACCAGCAGGGGAAGAAGAGUGUCUUUUAGCAUGGAAGAUAAUCGUAAAGAGUACCUGAGCCAGACCCUAGAGCCAGGGGACAUAUCUGUAGCUAGUGUAGAUGAUGAAGAGGUGACUAGUGAUGGAGAAUAUGGUGAUGGACAGGAUUGGGGCAGGAGGGAACCAGAGAUUGCAUGUCGACAUAUUGAUCAUGUCAAUAUGCUUGGUCUCAAUAAAACUACACUUAGACUUCGGUUUUUGAUAAAUUGGCUUGUUACCUCAUUACUGCAACUGAAGUUGCCUGUUUCUGAUGAGGGUGAAAAGGCAAAUCUUGUGCAAAUCUAUGGCCCAAAAAUAAAAUAUGAAAGAGGUGCAGCUGUGGCUUUCAAUGUGAGGGACAGAAGCAGGGGGCUAAUCAAUCCAGAGAUUGUUCAAAAGCUGGCUGAAAAAGAAGGAAUCUCUCUAGGUCUUGGUUUUCUUAGUCAUAUACAGAUUCUUGAUAGCUCAAGACAGCAUCGUGGAGCUUCGAAUCUUCAAGACACAACUCUUUGCAGGCCCAUGGAGAAUGGUAGGCGCGAUGGAAAAGGUAGUUUUGUAAGGCUUGAAGUUGUUACAGCUUCACUGGGAUUUCUGACUAAUUUUGAGGAUGUGUAUAAAUUGUGGGCUUUUGUGGCCAAGUUUCUCAACCCAUCAUUUAUUAGAGAAGGGGGUCUUCCUACUGUUGAAGAAGACUCAGAGACAUGAGAUGGCAAAGUUGCCCAUGACUUUAUUCAAUUUUGGAAGCGGAACGUGAAAGAUUUGUGGGAAGUUGCCCCAAGGGGCAGCAGCCGAAGCUGCAUGAAGAAGGAUUGAUGGUAUAAACACACUUAUUUUCUGCACCAAAGCAAGAUAAGGCAAGCGGGGUGAAUUUGUUAAUUCAUGUUUCUUGAUGCUUACAUUUACAACUGUCCUCUUUUGUUUUUUGAGCUUCUUGUAGAGUUGGCUUUAGAAAUUUGUUACAUAUCGGAAAGCCAUGGUGUACUUUGAAGCAAGAUUGUAUGGGUAGAACUUCUACUGAUAUAUACUUCGCUUCCAUUGCAUGCGAAAGGAUUUCCAACUUCUGUAAAAAUGUAGUGUUCAUUUUCAUGCUAUAGUUUACCAUACCCAUCCAAUUGGUCCUUUAUUUGUUGACAUAAAUUUGUUUCUAAAUGUUGGUGAAACUUGAGUAUUUGUCGACAUGAAUGUGCUUCUAUUUUGAUGAGCCAGAAGAUAACAAUUAUCAAUA